AUGGGGCCACAACCACUAGUCACGCAUAUAUACACGGCGGAUCCGUCAGCGCAUGUCUUUGAGGGCAAGAUCUACGUUUAUCCAUCUCAUGACCGCGAAACAGAUAUCAAAUUCAAUGACAAUGGCGACCAGUACGACAUGGCCGACUACCACGUCCUGUCGCUCUCGGAAGUGGGCGGGCCCGUGACGGACCACGGCGUGGCGCUCAAAGCCGAAGACAUCCCCUGGGUGUCGAAGCAGCUGUGGGCGCCGGACGCGGCGACCAAGAACGGCAAAUACUAUCUUUACUUCCCAGCACGGGACAAGGAGGGCAUCUUCCGCAUUGGGGUGGCCGUCAGCGACUCACCGGCGGGGCCUUUCACGCCCGACCCAGAGCCCAUUCCGGGCAGCUACAGCAUCGACCCGGCCAGCUUCGUAGACGACGACGGGCAGGCGUACCUGUACUUUGGCGGCAUCUGGGGCGGCCAACUGCAGUGCUGGUCCGAGGAAGGCAAAUUCGACGCCUCCAUGUCCGGCCCCAAGGAGCCGCAGGGCCACGACGUGGCGGCGCUGCUGCCCCGCGCCGCCAAGCUGAGCGACGACAUGCACAGCUUCGCCUCCAGCGUGCAUCAGCUCGAGAUCCGCGACCCAGACACGGGCGCCCUGCUCGCGGCCGACGACCACGACCGCCGCUUCUUCGAAGCCGCCUGGAUGCACAAGUACCGCGGCAAGUACUACCUGAGCUACUCGACGGGCGACACGCACUACCUGGUGUACGCGAUCGGGGACCACCCACUCGGCCCCUUCACCUACGCGGGACGCAUCCUGGAGCCCGUCUUGGGGUGGACCACGCACCACAGCAUCGUCGAGUUUCGGGGCAAGUGGUACCUCUUCUACCACGACUGCGAGCUCAGCAAGGGCGUCGACCACCUCCGCAGCGUCAAGAUGCGCGAGAUUGUCUAUGAUGACCAAGGCAGGAUUUCAGUGGCGGAGAAGCAGUAA